UAUUGCAGUGUUGCAAUAUUGCAUUUCUGAACGUUCUGUUUGUUAUGCAAUCGUCAUGAUGCGCGUCAUGAUGCAGUUACGAACAUAGCCCAUCGACGAACGCAUGGCAAAAUUCAAUGGACGGUCUAGUCCAAAACAAUACAUGCCUAUGAAACUAAUUAAUCGCGGUGUUAAAAUUUGGUUGCGGUGCGAUGCUAAGAUAGGAUAUACGUGCUAUUUGUAUGUAUACACUAGUAAAGAUAUCACUCCAUAUCUUGCUGGCACACUUAGUGAAAGGGUUGUUUGAAAGAUGGCUAGUACUAUCCGUGAUAAGGAAGUGGCUAUUGCAUCGAGUGAUUUUUCAUAUCAAUUUCACUAAUGAAAACUGUUCAUUUUCGGGUAGUUGGAACAUACAUAUAUGCGAAAUCGAAAGGAAACUCCGGAGUACAAAGUCACUUCCAAAUAUGCUGUGAUGGUAUAAUGGCUACGCGUUGGAUGGAUUCCAAUGAAGUACUAGUUGCUGCUAACUGCCACAAACCAAUAAUAUCCAUCGUAGACAAAAAACAAAAGGAUGGUAAAAAGAAACAAGAUGAUUGUCCUUCAGCUAUUGUGGACUACAACCGUAUAAUGCGCGGCGUAGACCUAUCCGAUCAAAAAUCAGCGGUAUACGAUCUAUAUCGAAAAUCUCAGAGGUGGUGGAAGAAAGUAUUUUUCAAAGCUCUGAUGCUUUCCGCAGUAAAUGCUUGGAUUGUUCACAGCGACCUCAAUCGCAAAAAAAACAUCGUUGAUAUAGUUCAUGGUAUCGUUAGCAGAGUCAUUGAUUCCGGAAGGAACAAAGCACAAAAAAAUAAAAGCUCGUCGGACUGGCGGAAGACCAGUGAUUAAAUGAGUUAAGCCUCCCCCCACUCUACCCGGGAAAAACUGGCGCACCCUAACACAUCACACCACACUUGAAAACAUCACCACCCGGCAAGCGGUCACCACACGACGACAUCGCAUGCCGCCAAACCAAUAAAAAGGAUUUGGAUAAUCGCUUACGGCAAAAUUUGCACGCCAACACUCGAAUAGACUCUGCGGUCAUCAACAUUCGUCUACAAGAUAUUCGAUUCUACGCGGCGCCACGUUAUGGAUAAGAUGAUACGAAACUCUCGUAUUGGCUCUCAUUUUGCUCUCAAACGCGUUUCCUGAUUAUUUGACAGCGAUGGAGAUCAGGGAAUUUCGAACAGCUGAUAUAAGAAAAGGCGGGAUGCCAGAAGUAAACCGCUAUAAUUAACUGACAAAAUCAGUGUUAAAUGAAAUUUCAUUAAAUUUUGCGAACAUAAAUUUUUAUGUAAAUUAGUUAAUUAUUUUGCACUUUA